AUGGAUGGGAUCAUUCGAAUUUAUGAUUCUCACAUCCUAGUUGAUGUCCUAGGCUCAAAGUCACAUGACGGUUACUCCCGCCCUGGGGGCUCUUAAAGUCAUGUGACUCUCCAGAACCGGAUAUACAUUAGCAAAAUACACAAUUCGAGACAUAGUGCCAUAAAAUGCAUUUAAUUCACGCUGAAUUCCCAACAGUUAUCAGUUUAGUGAUUAAACGUGAAUGUGAUUUUAUUUAUUUGUCUGGGUUACUUACUAAACUAGCAAUGGUGCAUUGUUAAAGGACCACUAUAGGCACCCAGACCACUUCAGCUCAAUUAAGUGGUCUGGGUGCCAGGUCCCUCUAGGGUUAACCCUGCCUGCUGUAAACAUAGCAGUUUCAUUGAAACUGCUAUGUUUACAUAUGGGUUAAUCCAGCCUCUAGUGGCUGUCUUAUUGACAGCCGCUAGAGGCGCUUCCGCGCUUCUCACUGUGAUUUUCACAGUGAGAAGACGCCAGCGUCCAUAGGAAAGCAUUGAGAAUGCUUUCCUAUGGACUGGCUGAUUGCCGCGCAUGCGCAUUCAGCCGAUGACGACCGAUGGAGGAGGAGGGAGCCCGGCGCUGGAGAAAGGUAAGUUUUUAACCUCCUUCCUUCCCCUUCAGCCCUGCGGGAGUGGGACCCUAAGGGAUGAGGCACCCUCAGGGCACUAUAGUGCCAGGAAAAUGAGUUUGUUUUCCUGGCACUAUAGUGGUCCUUUAAGAAAGUUGCAAAUUUUAAACAGCCAAUUAAUCUAUUUGGCCCUAAAAUAUGCACCCCAAGUUUAUUGAAUAACUCCACUUACUUGAAACAUUCCCUUCCUCCCAAAUAAAAUUACCAAGCCAAUCACCAUGGCCCCAUUUAUACCUGGCUGCUGUGCCUUGCAAGAGUGGACUGGGCUUCUGGUCAGAAGGGUGCAAAUCCUGAUUGAUAACUUUCCAUACUCAUUGCAAAAUGGCUGAACACAACAAGAGGGUAAUUUAAUAUUUUUGUUACUAUAGUCUUGUGUAUCCCACAGGUAAAUCAUCAUUGGCUGUCCACUUUGUUUUUGGUGAGUUCCCUGUGGAAUACGAGUCUUCCUUCAAAAUGAGUAAGUCCUGCAUUUUUAUAGUAUUUGCUAUUAAUCCAAAAUAGAUUUAUAUUAGUUUAAUUAUCAGUUACAUAUAUUUACAAAGGUAAAAAAAAUGACACGAAAGAGAUUAUUUAAAGUUUAGUUCUUGAGCAAAGUUCUAAAAGUGAAGCGGUUACCAUGGAGACAAAUUGAAUAUUUAUGCUGAUUGCUACAAUUCAACACUACAGAAUAUAUUGGCGCUUUAUAAAUCGAUUUACAGGCCCCCUGGCCAAAUAGAAGACAAUCUACUAGUUAAAGAAAUUGCUAAAAUGACAAUGAAAGGGGAAGUUAUCAUCAUGGGUGACUUUAAUCUUCCGGAUGUGAACUGGAAAACCAAAAUAGCUGCUUGUACCAGGAGCACACAUAUUCUAAACUCCCUACUGGGAUUGUCUCUAAAGCAAGUCGUUGAGGAGCCAACUCGUAAGGAGGCCAUACUAGAUUUAGUGUUAACAAAUGGAGAUUUGGUAUCAGAUAUUACUGUAGGUGAAAGUUUAGGAUCCAGUGAUCAUCAGUCAGUGUGGUAUAAUAUAAGAACAGUGACUGAGUCACACCACACAAAAACAAAAGUUUAAGAUUUUAGAAAAACAGACUUUUUAAAAUUAGAAUAUGCGUAAAGGAGUCAUCAGACUGGAGCAAUUUAAAUGGAGUCCAAGAUAAAUAGGAUUAUUUAAAAGUUACACUUUUGAAAGCAACAUAAAAUUCCAUUAUGCUUAUCAAGAAGAGCAGAAAAAUUAAGACACCACUGUGAUACUUUGCAGAAGUGGCCAAAAUAGUAAAAAACAAAAGGUUAGCAUUUAUUAAUUAUAAAAAAAAACAGACUAAGGUAGACAGGCAGAUCUAUAAGAUCAGGCAGAAAGAGGCUAAGCAAGUUAUAAGAGCUUCCAAAUCACACACAGAAGAGAAAAUAGCAGAGUAGGUAAGAAAGGGGGAUAAAACAUUUUUUAGAUACAUAAAUGAGAAAAGGAAAGUAAAACAAGGAUUAGUUAGAUUAAAAACAAAAGAAGAUAGGUAUGUAGAAGAGGAUACAGGUCUAGCUGAUUGCCUCAAUGAAUAUUUUUGUGCAGUAUUUACAGAUGAAAAUGAAGGAAAGUUAGGAAAAAUGACAAAUGGGUCAUUUGUUACAUAUGAGUUUACAGAGGAAGAGGUUCUAUUUUAACUGUCAAAAGUAAAGACAAAUAAGUCAAUGGGACCUGAUGGAAUACACCCAAAGUUAUUAAAAGAGCUUAGUAGUGUACCAGCAAAACCAUUAACAGAUUUAUUUAACCAAUCAUUGUUAACAGGAGUAGUCCCAGAAGAUUGGAAAUUAGCAAAUGUUGUACCAAUUCACAAGAAAGGUAGUAGGGAGGAGUAGGGCAACUAUAGGCCAGUAAGCCUUACUUCAGUAGUGGGAAACCACUAUAACAGUAACGGAAACCAUGUUAAAGGGUAGGAUUGUUGAACAUCUAAAAUCACAUGGAUUUCAAGAUCAGAGACAACAUGGGUUUACUUCAUGGAGUAAUGCCAAACUAAUCUUAUUUUUUUUUUUUGAUUGGGUAACUAAAAUAAUAGAUCGGGGUGGUGCAGUUGACAUUGCUUACCUAGAUUUCAGUAAGACUUUUGACACUGUUCCACAUAGAAGGCUUAUCAAUAAACUGCAAUCUUUAAGUUUGGAUUCCAAUAUUGUUGAAUAGGUUAGGCAGUGGCUGAGUGACAGGCAACAGAGGGUUGUAGUCAAUGGAGUAUAUUCGAAGCAAGGUCUAGUUACCAGUGGGGUACCUCAGGGAUCUGUACUUGGGCCCAUUCUCUUUAAUAUUUUUAUUAGUGAUAUUACAGAAGGUUUUGAUGGUAAGGUAUGUCUUUUUGCUGAUGAUACUAAAUUUUGCAACAGGGUUGAUGUUCCAGGAGGGAUGAGCCAAAUGGCAAAUGAUUUAGGUAAAUUAGAUAUAUUGUCAUAGCUGUGGCAACUGACAUUUAAUGUGGAUAAGUGCAAGAUAAUGCAUCUUGGUCAUAAAAUCUCAAGAGCAGAGUAUAAGAUAUUUAAUACCCUACUAACCUCAACAUAUGAGGAAAGGGAUUUAGGGGUGAUUAUUUCUGAUGAUUUAAAGGUAGGCAGACAAUGUAAUAGAGCAGCAGGAAAUGCUAGCAGAAUGCUUGGUUGUAUAGGGAGAAGUAUUAGCAGUAGAAAGAGAGAAGUGCUCAGAACAAGGAUGAGACCUCAUUUGGAGUAUUGUACACAGUACUGGAGACCGUAUCUCCAGAAGGAUAUUGAUACUUUGGAAAGCGUUCAGAGAAUGGCUACUAAACUGGUUCAUGGAUUGCAGGAUAAAACUUACCAGGAAAGAUUAAAGGAUCUUAACAUAUAUAGCUUGGAGGAAAGACGAGACAGGGGGGAUAUAAUAGAAACACUUAAAUACAUAAAGGAGAGUAUAUUUAAAAGAAGAAAAACUACCACAACAAGAGGACAUAGUCUUAAAUUAGAGGGACAAAGGUUUAAAAAUAAUUUCAGGAAGUAUUACUUUACUGAGAGGGUAGUGGAUGCAUGGAAUAGCCUUCUAGCUGAAGUAAUAGAGGUUAGCAUAGUGAGGGAGUUUAACCCCUUAAGACCGCAGGGCGUUCUAUGCCGUCCUUAAGGAAGUGGCUCUAAACGCCGCAGGGCGGCAUAGAACGUCCCCGCGAUCUUAUGUACUUACCAAGUCGCUGGCGAUCGUGGUAUGGGGACUCACCUGGGAGCCCAGGGAAUCCCCCUCCUUCCUCUUCAGCCCCUCUGGGCCAUGUGAUCGCGAGGUCCUUGCGAGGACCUCGCGAUCACAUGGACAGCAUAGCCGUCCAAAGCAUUAUCAGCAGGGGGAGUGCCUAAUUUUAAAACAGUGUAAAAUUAAAUAAUAUAUACUUAGAUCAUAUAUAUAUUUAUUAUAUACAGUUGCAAGAAAAAGUAUGUGAACCCUUUGGAAUGAUAUGGAUUUCUGCACAAAUUGGUCAUAAAAUGUGAUCUGAUCAUCAUCUAAGUCACAACAAUAGACAAUCACAGUCUGCUUAAACUAAUAAAACACAAAGAAUGAAAUGUUGCCAUGUUUUUAUUGAACACACCAUGUAAACAUUCACAGUGCAGGUGGAAAAAGUAUGUGAACCCCUAGACUAAUGGCAUCUCCAAGAGCUAAUUGGAGUGAGAUGUCAGCCAACUGGAGUCCAAUCAAUGAGAUGAGAUUGGAGGUGUUGGUUACAGCUGCCCUGCCCUAUAAAAAACACACACCAGUUCUGGGUUUGCUUUUCACAAGAAGCAUUGUCUGAUGUGAAUGAUGCCUUGCACAAAAGAGCUCUCAGAAGACCUACGAUUAAGAAUUGUUGACUUGCAUAAAGCUGGAAAGGGUUAUAAAAGUAUCUCCAAAAGCCUUGCUAUUCAUCAGUCCACGGUAAGACAAAUUGUCUAUAAAUGGAGAAAGUUCAGCACUGCUGCUACUCUCCCUAGGAGUGGCCGUCCUGUAAAGAUGACUGCAAGAGCACAGCACUGACUGCUCAAUGAGGUGAAGAAGAAUCCUAGAGUGUCAGCUAAAGACUUACAAAAGUCACUGGCAAAUGCUAACAUCCCUGUUAGCGAAUCUACAAUACGUAAAACACUAAACAAGAAUGGAUUUCAUGGGAGGAUACCACAGAGGAAGCCACUGCUGUCCAAACAAAACAUUGCUCCACGUUUACAGUUUGCACAAGAGCACCUGGAUGUUCCACAGCAGUACUGGCAAAAUAUUCUGUGGACAGAUGAAACCUUAAGAUGAAAAGUUAAGUUGUUUGGAAGAAACACACAACACUAUGUGUGGCGAAAAAAAGGCACAGCACACCACCAUCAAAACCUCAUCCCAACUGUGAAGUAUGGUGGUGGGGGCAUCAUGGUUUGGGGCUGCUUUGCUGCGUCAGGGCCUGGACGGAUUGCUAUCAUCGAAGGAAAAAUGAAUUCCCAAGUUUAUCAAGACAUUUUGCAGCAGAACUUAAGGCCAUCUGUCUACCAGCUGAAGCUCAACAGAAGAUGGGUGUUGCAACAGGACAAUGACCGAAAGCAUAGAAGUAAAUCAAGAACAGAAUGGCUUAAACCGAAGAAAAUACGCAUUCUGAAGUGGCGCAGUCAGAGUCCUGACCUCAACCCGAUUUAGAUGCUGUGGCAUGACCUCAAGAAAGCAAUUCACACCAGACAUCCCAAGAAUAUUGCUGAACUGAAACAGCUCUGUAAAGAGGAAUGGUCAAGAAUUACUCCUGACCGUUGUGCACGUCUGAUCUGCAACUACAGGAAACGUUUGGUUGAAGUUAUUGCUGCCAAAGGAGGUUCAACCAGUUAUUAAAUCCAAGGGUUCACAUACUUUUUCCACCUGCACUGUGAAUGUUUACAUGGUGUGUUCAAUAAAAACAUGGCAACAUUUCAUUCUUUGUGUGUUAUUAGUUUAAGCAGACUGUGAUUGUCUAUUGUUGUGACUUAGAUGAUGAUCAGAUCACAUUUUAUGACCAAUUUGUGCAGAAAUCCAUAUCAUUCCAAAGGGUUCACAUACUUUUUCUUGCAACUGUAUAUUAAUAUCAAAAUACACGUACAAUGAUAUUGAUUAAAAAUAUAUAUAUAUAAUUAUCAUUAUAUAUAUAUUUUUAUAUAAUAUAAAAUAAACAAAUAUGUAAAUACGUUAAAAAAUAAAAUUUAAAAAAAUAAUGAAAAAUAAAUAAAUAAAAAAUAUAUAUACAUGUGUAAUUUCGUUCUAACUGUAUUUUAAAAUUAAUAUAUAUAUUGAUAUCAAAAUACAUGUAGAAUGAAAUAAUAUAUAUAUCUAUAUACAUAAGUAUAUACGUAUAUAUCACUAUAUAUAUACUAACAUAUAUACUUAAAUUUUUGUAUAUAUCGCUAUACAUAUACCUAUAUAUAAAUAAAAAUAAUUUAAAAAAAUUAUAUACAUAUAUAUACACACGUAUAUAUAUAAUAAUUCUACGUAUAUAUUUAUGUAAUAAUUUUACAUAAUUAGGUCAUUUUAUUAAUUACAAUUUGCAGGACCAGCCUGACAACAGGCCGAAAGUUCAGGGAAUUUAAUUUGCUAGCACUAUAUUUAACCCUGUAACUUUCCAAGACACCGUAAAACCUGUACAUGGGGGACGUGGGGGGGAUACUGUUUUACUCGGAAGACUUCGCUGAACACAAAUAUUAGUGUAAAAUAUAUUACAACGAUAUCGUCAGUAAAAAGUGAAUUUUUUUUUGCAUUUUUCACACACAAAUGGCACGUACACUGACGAUAUAAUUGUUGUGAUACGUUUUAUUGUUUUGAAACAGUAAUAUUUGUGUUCAGCGAAGUCUCCUGAGUAUAACAGCACCCCUCAUGUACAGGUUUUAUGGUGUUUUCAAAAGUUACAGAGUCAAAUAUAAGGCUUGCGUUUCAGUUUUUUCACAUUGAAAUUCGCCAGGUUGGUUACGUUGCCUUUGAGACCGUACGAUAGCCCAGGAAUGAAACUUACCCCCAUGAUGGCAUACCAUUUGCAAUAGUAGACAUCCCAAGGUAUUGCAAAUGAGGUAUGUUCAGUCUUUUUUGUGACCAAGUGGCUUCUAGAAAAGACUGGACAUACCCCAUUUGCAAUACCUUGGGUUGUCUACUUUUGCAAAUGUAUGCCAUCAUGGGGAUAAUUCUCAUUCCUGGGCUACCAUACGGUCUUAAAGGCAACGUAACCAAUCUGGUGAAUUUCAAUGCGAGUUUCAAUGUGAAGUUCAAUGUGAAAAAUGUAACACGCUACAUUUGACCCUGUAACUUCCUAAAACACCAUAAAACCUGUACAUAGGGGUACUGUUUUAAACAUGAGACAUUGCUGAAUACAAAUAUGUGUAUUUUAUUGCAGUAAAAGCAAACAAUAUUAUGACAUUCACAGUUAGAAUGUCACGUAGAACUAAACAUUUUUUUAGAAUUCUUAUUUUUCCCCAUUUUUUUAUAUUUUAUUGAUAUUAAAUUAUGUUUCAUAGCUAAAUAUUUGAUGUUACAUGAAAGCACUGUUUCCCCUGAAUAAAAUGAUAUAUAAUAAGUGUGAGUGCACAUAAUAUGAAAGAGGUGAAUUACGCCUGAACAGACAUAUAGCGCAAAUUCCAGUUUUUUUGUUUUGUUUUGAUCACAACGUGUACAUUUGGCUCAGUCCUUAAGGGGUUAAGCAUGCGUGGGAUAUAGGCAUAAGGCUAUCCUAGACUUAAGAUAAGGCCAGGGACUAAUUAAAAGUAUUUUAGAAAAUUGGGCAGACUAGAUGGGCCGAAUGGUUCUUAUCUGCCGUCACAUUCUAUGUUUCUAUAAAUGCCAGUAAUAAUAGUAGACUUGCUGUUUCUACAUAACCUCAGUUAAUUGAUCUCUUAGCAGAAAAUGGAAGCCGUGUUUUUAUUUUAUUUAUUUGUGUCUUUUCAUAGCUUGGAACAAAACUUUAGUUCUGGGAGAAGAUGAAUUUGAACUGGAUAUUGUGGAUUCUGCAGGACAUGUAAGUAAUUUAUUGGAUCUGUGUAAAUGUGUACAUUUAAAGGUGUUCAGUGAUUAUGGUGCUUGGAGUCUGUAUGUGCUGCAUUCAAUGUGAAACACUGUGUAUACAGAGUUUAACCCUUCUGCUGCCAAAGUGUAACUCCACCUCCUUCACCGUCAUUGGGGUGUCAUUAGACAGCCUAGAACAAGAAUUCUGGGUGAUUAAUGUUAAUUCUACACAUAUUGGACAUUUGGCAUCAGCACACACAGCAUGCUGGCGACAGACGUCCAUUGGCGGCACAGCCUCCCUCCAUGUCACCCUUGUCCUCCCCUCAGUCCGUCCUACCCUUACAUUCUUCCCCGGCAACUAUGGGGAGUGAUGUUACUGGAGUAGGAUCAGGUUGAGGAGAGAACUUAGCCUUGUGCUGGAACAGGGGUAAGAUUAUGUUUUAUUUAUUUAGAUAAACUUUGACAGGGAGGAGGGGGUCUGAAAACCGGCACAGCAAGGGUUACUUUAACCCUUUGAGUAACAUUUUAAAGUAUUUGUAAAGUUGGCUGACUUAUAUUUUUCUUCCAGAAUGAACAUUCCAUCGUUCCCCAUGCUUUUGUUUUAGGCAUAAACGGAUACAUUGUAGUUUAUUCGAUUGGAUGUGAAAGGAGGUAAGUUAAUUACCAGUAGAAUUUAUUUUUUUAACUAUACAAUAGCGCCAUCUGCUGGGAGCUCUGUAAAAUACUAUUGUAGAUAAAGGAACACUCCACAUUUCUCAUCAACCACAGCCUUUGCAACCUCUCCCUUUUUAUUCCUGAAAGAGACUUUCAUUGAGAAUUUAUCCCGCGUAAUUUAUCACACACUGCACAACUUUCAGAAGGAAUGCUUGUCUUAUCUGAGGUUUGAGAAGAUGCAUGUUGGGGAGGCAAUCACACUCAAGUACAGCCUACCUGCCAGUUCUGUUAGCUCUCUGGCUGUUUGAUUGACGUUUUUUUUCCCAUUAUUUAAUAAUAAAAAAAUGUUUUGUUUAAUUUUAAGGCAGGAUCGUGGGCUUCUUGGUGCACACAGUGUAAAUACUUGUACAUUGUGCUAAUACUUAAAUUACAAAUGCAAAAGGGUUAAUUCACUGUUUAGUGCAUUUAAGAACAAAUUGCAAAACUUGGGCCAAAAUAGUUCCCCGUUCUUUUACUCUAAUAAAGUCUCUUGAAUUGUUUAUUGAGAUCAAAAGUUAAGUGGAUGCAAGUUUAUUUAAAAAACAGACAUAUACAUUUUUGCCUCAUCAGUACUUCUGGGUCCAGGGCAAUGUCACACUUGCAUGAAAAUGCAGAUAUAUCCAAAUAUAUAUUACAAAAUGUUUCUUUUUAUUUAACAAUAUCUGAGAUAGGCAAAUUAUCUUUUUUUUCCCCUCAGCUUUCAGACUGCUCGAAAACUGUGCAAAUAUUUAGUGGAUCUCCAUAGACACUGUGCGUAAGUGCAUUAUAUGGAAAUAACAAAAAAUGUGCAUAAGAUAUCUUCAUCCCUUGAUUUCGUAAAUUUAACAUAAACUUGCCUGCCAUGGUUCUGAUCAGGUAAGAUAAAAGACUUAUGCCGGGGGUUGACUUUAGGUUCUUUAUUGGAAAUCUUUGACAUCUUUUAGACUUGAAAUAAUAAGUGUAGCAAGAUUUAAAGGGGACUGGAAAUAGUAUAGACAAAAAAGGGAGAGAAAACUGAACCUAUAAACGAGAUUACAGGUAAGUAUAACGAGGGUUAUGAAAUAAAGAUUUUACGCAAUAAGCCCCAGAUGGGUUAAAUAAAUAAGAGGAAAACCUAUAAUCAAAAUUAUAGGUUGAAGGAAGAAGGAGAACCCAUAAAAACUGAAUUAUAGGUAUAAGGAAGAAGGAGAACCUAUAAGCGGAAUUAUAAGUAGAAGGAAAAAUAAUCUAUAAACGGAAUUAAAGGUUAGUUUAAAGAAAGAACAGAAAUAAAGAGCUAGGCAAUAUGCCCCAAGCAGGUUAUCAUGUGGCAGGGAAACCUAUAGGUGAAAUUACAGGCAAAUAAAAGAGAAGGAAAACCUAUAAGAAACAGAAUAUAAUUAACAGAACAUAGGUUUAACGAAUUCAGGUUAAUUAGACUUUUAGGUGAUCAGUCUCUUUUGUUUGCAGGCAGUAAUGCAGUUAUCAUAUAUUUGUAAUAGGAUUAUUCAGGAUAGAUGCAAAUCAUAGGAAAGUUUGUUUUAUCCUGGUUGGUUGUGUUGAUUCCGGUAAUUGUAAAGUAGGUUUGAAACAAGGUAGAAAGGUAACAAAGUACAGGAUGGAAUAAAGCAGGUUGUUAUUGAUGAUCAGGUUAAGUUGUCCAACUUCUUGGAAAAGAGCAGACUGGAAACAAAGCAGAUUUGUAGGAUAAAUCAGGAUGGUUCAAUGGUAAUCAGAGUAUAGCAGGAUCUCACAGUAGGAGCCAGGAUCAGAAGUCUUGUCCGCAUCAGAACACAAACUUCAAUCAAUGUAGAGGCAACUUUGUGAAGCAGGGUGUAGCGUCUUAUAGCGUUAGUAAUAAUCAUGCUAUCCAGGUGAGAGGAACUGUUAGACAAGUGGUUAGGGAGGCCACCAGUGGUGAAAAACUGGUAUUGUAUAAUUAAAACAGAAUAAAUGAAACAAUAUUUUGGUUGUCAUGUUAGAAUCCUGACAUUGCCACUAAAUUGGCAGUAGUGGUUAAAAUAUCUUCCCGCUUCACUAGAUCCUUUAGUCAGUCAGUAUAUAAGGUUGCCAAAACAUGACAGGGCUUCUCAGGCCAAAGCUUUAUGCAAAUCUCUGCAUAGCAAAGUGCUUCCCUUUUAAAGUGAGAAUAUGCUGUAGAGUCCAUCCUUGAGAAUAUAUAUGUAAAAUACCUGGUGUAAAUUAGUAACAUAUCUCAUUGGAUCAAUACACUUUUACCACCUCCAUUAAUUAUUAUACCCUAUAAUAUUAUGUUUUUCCCCCAAAAAAAAUAUUUUAAAAAAAUAUCCAGAUGUUUUUUCUCUACACUACAGAAUCCGAUAAAAAAGCCUCUUUUGGCAAAUAAUUUCACAUCUUUAUUGUUCUUCCUAUAAAGAACUAUUUUCUUUACGGUAGAUGGAAUUUUAUUUUCUUCAAGUCUCAGAUGAUGACUUCUUGUCAUAUUGACAGUCUUGUUAAUGAACAGAUUUUCAAACAACUGUUUGCAUUGACCAUGUAUAUAUUUGUAUAGAGCCGCCAUAUCACCCCUGAGGUGAAUAAUAAAAUUUCCCUUAUUAGUUUUGCAGCCCACUUUUGCAGUUCCCUAAUAUUUUAUUAUAAAUGUAGAUAUAGCAACAAAAAGCACUGAAUGGUAGAACCAGAUGAAGGAUGUUUUAGCCAUAAGGGGAAUUACCUAGACAAGGAUUGGGUAUGCUUGAACUAGUUUGUGCACAACAAUCACAAAAGUCCUCUCAUAACCAAAAAAAAAAGGAAAUCUCUGUUUUCCAGGAUACCUGUUCUCCUUGUUGCGAAUAAGAGUGAUCUUCCGCUUCAAAGGUGUGUUCUGUUGAGUGUCUUGUUUCCUCCAUUCACUUAAUGGUUCCAUUUAUUUUUAAACCAUGAAUACCACAGGUAAGACCCUUUCUAGUCUUGUUAGGAUAGUUGCUGGCUCUUACAAUCCAUCCUAUUUAGUAAUAAGUCACUUUUCCUGCAGUGAUACUGGUGGCAUUGUUUUGCAAUAAUUGAAACGCCACUUAUCCCUGUCCAAACUUAGCCACGGAUCACAAAUAAACCUGAGUUUAGAAUUGAAGGGGCCUCAAGUGGGUCUACAAAUAUGAAUAUGAUAUAUGUCAUGUUCAUUUCCAGUUGUUGUACGAGGUAACAGCUAGACGUGAGUAGUGUUAGGGACUCUGAUGUGUGAGGCUUUUCUGUUCAACAAGUAGCUGCAAAUGAGUGAAUGGCGGGUGCCGUUAAUACAUGCAUACAAAGAGAAAAGAGAUUGGUAUGAAGAUACCAAGAACAAGCAUUUUUUAAAAAUUUUUACUCCAUCUACUAGGCUAACAAAAUCCCUACAUGCACCAGGGGCUGGCUUCAUCCUGGUAUGUGCUUUGGACCAAGCUUAAAUCUGGCAUGAGUCCGUAUGCUACCAAAGUGGCAUUAUACAUGAGCAGUCAUAUCAGGUGAUACCUUUGUUAGGGGACACCAGGUAUGGUGGAAGCUUCAGGGUAUUCAUAGGCAGACUUGAUGAAGGGGCUACAAUUAUUGAUGCUGUCUUAUCAGACUAUAAAGGAUUUUCUUCCCCAGAACAUCAGUAGAUGAACAGUUUACAGAAAUAUAAUCUUGGUUCACAGACUAGUUCACUCGUGCAGAUCCAUUAACCUAGUGCAGCCUUCUUUGGGACUUUAUAAUGGAGGAAAAGUGUUUUUUGUUUUUCCUUGGGAUUUUUUGCUCUACCUUGAAAGAUGCUUGUGCUAGUAUUAAAUACAAUGUUGUAGCAUAUAUGCACAGGGCCGUCUUUAAUACGGGGCAAAAGGGGAAGCUGCCCCGGGCCUAGUUGCUCCUGGGGGGCCCAAGGCAGCUGCCUCUUCAGCCCCGCUGCCCACAAUAAUAUGCAAAAUAUUUUUUUCGCCUCCCUCCCCCCGAUCCGAUCCUUCACUAUGUGAGUGGCAUCCCUGCAAAGUGAAGGAGUCGAAUGACUUACUUGCUCUUCCUCCCGACCUCCCCUGCCUUUUGCGUACGCGUGUUGCCGUCGUGAUGUCAUGCAGAGGCGGAGUCACGGCAAUGCUAGUGUGAGCCUGGUCUCCUUCAACCGCAGAGCAGCGCCACACACCGUGAACCCUGAGCCCAGGCCCCAGAGCACUGAUCCCUGAGCUUGCUGCCUUCAGAACUGUAAGUAUUUAAAUUACAGUAAUUCACUGAAGAUAUAUUACUUGGUUGUUUUAUGGGGGUAACAGGGCUGGGUGGUUGGAGGGGGGAUGAUUAGUGAGGGGUGGCUGGAGAAAGCGGUGAGGGGUUAGUACUGUACUAUCCCUAUCUGCACAUCUGUGACUGUUUGCCUGUGUGUGUGUGUGUGUGUGUGUGACUGUGACUGCCUGCCUGUGUGUGACUGUUUGUCUGUGUGUCUGCAUGCCUGUGUGUGUGUGACUGCCUGUGUGUGUGUGACUGCCUGCUUACCUGCCUGUUUGUGUGUCUGCAUGCCUGUGUGUGUGUGUGCGUGACUGUCUGGCUGACUGUGUGUGUGGGACUGUCUGCCUGUGUGUCUGGGACUCUUUGUUACUGCCUGCUUGUGUGUGUGACUGUCUGACUGCCUGUGUGUGACUGUUUGCCUGUGUGUGUGGGACUGCCUGCCUGUGUGUGACUGUUUGCUUGUUUGUGUGACUGCCUUCCUGUGUGUGUGUGUGUGAGAAUGUCUGCCUGCCUGUGUGUGUGUGUGUGUGUGUGUGUGUGUGAGAAUGUCUGCCUGCCUGUGUGUGUGUGUGUGUGUGGUGACUGCCUGCCUGUGUGUGUGUGUGUGUGUGGUGACUGUGUGUCUGUGUGUGUGUGUGUGUGUGUGACUGCCUACCUGUGUCUGACUGUCUGCCUGCCUGUGUUACUGUCUGUCUGUGUGACUGACUGCCUGUAUGUUUGUGUGUGACUGUCUGUGUGUGUGUGACUGUCUGCCUGCAUGUGUGUGACUUUCUGUCUGUGUGACAGUCUACCUGUGUGUGUGACUGUCUGACUGUGUGUGACUCCAUUGUAUGUGUCGCUGUAGCUGUGCCAUUGUGUGUGCCUGUAUGUGUGACUAUCUGCCUUUAACUGAGUUUGUGUGUGUGCUUAUCGGCGUGCAUGAGUGUCUGUGUGCCUGUGACUGUGUGUGUGACUGUCUGCCUGUAACUGUUUGUGAUUGUGUGCCUGUAACUGUGUGUGACUGUCUGCCUUUAAAUGUGUGUUUGGCUCUGUGACUGUCUGCCUGUGACUGAGCAUGUGUGACUGUCUGCCUGUAACUAUGUGUGUGUGUGUGUGUGACUGACUGCCUGUAACUGAGCGUGUCUGAUACCCUACCUGUAACUGAGCAUGUCUGAUACCCUACCUGUAACUGAACAUGUCUGACUGUCUCGUUGUAACUGUUUGUGUGACUGUCUGCCUGUGCCUGUGUGUGUGACUUUUUGUCUGUGUCAUUAUUCUAAAAUUUUAAAAAGGACAACUUUUGACACAAAUAUUUUGUAAUUUACAGACUACUUUUUAUAUUUUUUUUAUACAUAUACAAAGUAAUCUGCAAAGUACAAAAUGUUUGUGUCAGAAGUUGUGCUAAAAAGCAAGCUAGGAAUGUGCAUAGUUUUUUUUUCUUUUAUAAUUUUUAGAAUAAUGAUACAGACAUUUUAUUUCUUUUUUUCCCUCUAUAUUCAAGGGGCACUAUAGUCACCAGAACCACAACAGCUAAACAUAGUAGUUCUGGUGUCUAUAGCAUGUCACUGCAGGCUUUUUAAUGUAAACACUGCCUUAUCAGAAAAGGGCAGUAUUUACACAUUACUGCCUAGGAAUACCUCUAGUGGCCACUCAUUAGACGGCGACUAAAGGUGCAGCACUGGCAUUCAUGCUGAACACUCCUCAUAGAAAUGCAUUGAUUCAAUACAUUUUAAGAGGAGAUGCUCAUUGGUGCAGUACAGUGUUUUGCCACGCGUGCGCAGUAGCCUCCCAAUGUUUCAUAUGGCAAAGUAGUCGGUUGGCUGAUAUAUACUCACACACACCGCACAUUUUUGUGUGUGUUGUUGUGAAGGGCAUGAUUGCAUGCUAGGGUGUAGGAAGGUGGGAUCCAGGGGGCCCAAGUAAAUUCUUGUCCAGGGUCCAAUCAAUAUUAAAGACGGCCCUGUAUAUGCAUGUCAGACCUACUUGUGGAUUCUAUGUAUAGUGUAAAAAGCAGCUAAUAUUUUUACUUUUUUUAUAAUAUUGUGCCUGUUUUAAAGUUAUACUAACUUUAUCUUUUCCUUUCAGACGUCAAGUGAAGUAUGAAGAAGGCAAGAAUCUUGCGAAUUCUUGUGGUGCAGCCUUUAUGGAGGUUUCUGCAAAAAGCCUAGAGGUAAUUCUUAUCACAGGCCUAUGUGUUUGUGCCUUUAGUUCCAUAUUUUCGCUGAUCUUAAUUGUAAAACAAUUUUAAAUGUAAUUCUUCUGCUUUUUUGUUUAGGAAAGCAUGCAAGUAUUUAACAAAAUAAUAUGUGAAAUUGGCCAUGUCGAGAGAGCCUUCUGGGACCAGCAGAUAUGUGAUAUUAUGUAA